UUGAGGCAGUCAUGUCGGCGCUGAGGUUUAUGUGCUCCCUGUUAGAAUAGUAGUUGACUAUCUGUUUCGGUUUAUUUAACGUUUUAUAUUUUUGUAUGUAGAACAGAUCGGUUUAAAACUAUGCGUUGAGGGAAGUGACGCAGACUUUAGUUUUGAUUCAGUUUGAGGUUUGCCAUGGCUUCGCUGUCAGAGGAGGUUCUUCUUGUGGUGAAAAAAGUUCGUCAGAAGAAGCAGGAUGGUACACUUUACCUGAUGGCAGAGCGCGUGGCCUGGGGUCCAGAAGGUAAAGACCGCUUCACCGUCAGCCACCUUUAUGCGGACAUCCGUUGUCAAAAGAUUAGUCCAGAUGGAAAAGCCAAAGUUCAGCUCCAGCUAGUCCUUCACACUGGAGAAAGUACCACAUUCCAUUUUUCCAAUGAGAGUACUGCACUAAAAGACAGGGAAGCUGCCAAAGAACUGUUGCAGCAGCUCCUGCCCAAGUUCAAGAAAAAAGCAAAUAAGGAACUGGAGGAGAAAAACAGAAUGCUUCAGGAAGAUCCAGUGCUCUUCCAGCUAUACAAAGACCUUGUUGUUAGCCAAGUAAUUACUGCUGAAGAGUUUUGGGCCAAUCGUUUAAGUGGGAUCAACAGCACAGAUUCUUCUGUGUCUAAUAAUAAACAAGAAGUUGGCAUUUCUGGAGCCUUCCUGGCUGAUGUUAGACCUCAGACUGAUGGCUGCAAUGGGUUAAUAUAUAAUUUGACUGCUGAUAUUAUUGAGUCCAUCUUCAGAACAUAUCCAGCAGUGAAACAGAAAUACAAUGAAAAUGUGCCUCAUAACUUAACAGAGAAGCUAUUCUGGACCAGUUUUUUCCAGUCCCAAUAUUUUCACAGAGACCGUAUUAACACAGGAUCUCAGGAUAUCUUCUCAGAGUGUGCCAAGCAGGAUGAAAAGGGUUUGAAGUCUAUGGUUGUUCAAGGAGUGAAGAAUCCACUGGUAGACCUUUUGUCCUUAGAGGAUAAAUCAUUAGAUGAGGGAUAUGGUCUUAACACACCAACUCCCUCAACCUCCAAUUCCCACAAGUCGGUGAAAGACAGCAGUAACUCUGCCAUUAUAAAGAGGUUUAAUCAUCACAGUGCUAUGGUGCUAGCAGCUGGCUCACGAAAGGGGGACACACAUGCUGAGCAGGCCAGUGAGACGAGCAGUACUGAUGGAAACUCCAGGGACUCUGAUCUCUUUCAACCUCCUGUUAAAAAGGUUAAAUUACAAGAAGCCAUAGAAUAUGAGGAUCUUCGAAGAGAAAAUGGACCAAAAACUGUUGCAUUAAAUCUUAAAAAGUCUGACAGAUAUGCCCAUGGUCCAGUUCCUCUUCAGUCCCAACAAUACACAACAAGUCAGGAUAUUAUCAGCUCUGUCAACUUCAUACAGCAUGAGAUGGCCAACUACAAACCCAAUCUUACUCAGGUAUUGUCCAGCACAUCUGCUAGUUCUGCUAUUGCUGCACUUUCACCUGGUGGUGUCCUCAUGCAUGGAGGCACACAGCAAGCCAUAAAUCAGAUGAUCCCUAGUGAAGUUCAAGGAGAGUUGAAACAUUUGUAUGCUGCUGCAGGAGAGUUAUUAAGGCAUUUUUGGUCAUGUUUCCCAGUAAACACACCCUUUUUAGAAGAGAAGGUCAUAAAAAUGAAGUCAAAUCUUGAAAAGUUUCAACUGACCAAGCUUCGACCAUUUCAAGAGAAAAUUCAACGUCAGUAUUUAAGUGUUAAUCUGACAGGACACUUGGAGGAGAUGCUGCAGAAAGCUUAUAGCAAGUUUCAAAUCUGGCAAAACCGGCGAAUGAUGAGGAAAACUUGAUGCCUCUCUGGGUCACAAUAGAUGACUAAAAAGAUGAAGUAUGGACUAAUUCCCUGUUGGUCCCCAGAACUGCUCCAACCCAUGCACUGUUGGUUAACUGGAUUCACAGUGCUUUUGAUGGGGACAGACAGAUGCUGCAACAUGCCUGAACGUUCAUUAGAGACUAACUAUAAGUCAAUAUUACAAGAAACUCUAAUUUAGUUUUCUUGAUAUAUUUUAAGUGGUUGAUAGAUUUACCAAUGAUGGAAAAAAUAGGACGUUGGUACGUACAUGGUGUAAGAUGACCAAAUUGGAGGUGGAAUAAGGAGGGCACUCAGGACAACAAGAUGAUCUACAGGCAAGAUGCCAGCAAAGGACUGCCAACAAGUGUUUUCUCUCUGCUUUUAUGUGACAUGAGGUUCUGGGCACAGAAAGCCCCUGAAAGCACUGUGUUGAAUAGAGGAACUACAGAGGAAAGAGGAAGUGACUACAGCAAUACAGUUAUUUUACACUUUGAGUGCAUUAGUUUGUGUGCUCUUCCAGUCACUUUGUUACUGGUUUAUAAUGCACAUUCUGUCUACACUGAAGACAAAAACUUAAGCCUGAAUUAAAAUUAAGCAUACGCUUUUGAUUAA